AUGGAUUGGCGAAACGAACUCACAAACAAUGAGCGUCUUAGAUACGUUGGGGUCCUUGUGCAGGCCUUAAAAGAACUGGCACUGACUGCUAAUAACAACAACCCUGCUGCUUUUGAUGUCAACAAAUUAAAAACUUCUGCUGGAGAAUUCGAAAAAUACUGUUAUCAAAAUGCUAGCAACAGAAUUAGUUAUGUUCAUUUCUUUAAGCAAAAGAUCCUCAGUAUUAAGAAUUCUAUUCAACAACAAAAGCUACAAAAACAACAGCAACCAGGUGGUGUUGGUGCUAAUACUACUGGAAACAUCGGUGUAUCAAAUAUUCAACUUGGAAAUAAUACAAAUAGUAAUAAUAAUGCUAAUAUUCCCAAUCAACAGAAUCAACAACUUGGUGGUACUCCAAAUUUGAAUGCUGGUGCUCCUACUCCAAAUCAAAGUCAACUCUUUUUGGCUCAACAAGCUCAGGCCAGACAAGCUGCUCAACAGAUGAGAAAUCAAACUCCUUUGCAAGGUGCUAAUGCUAACGUUCCUGGUCAACAGCAACAACAAAAUUUGCAAAAUGCUGGAUUGAAUGCUGGAUUGAAUUACAACAACCAAAUACCUCAACAACAACAGCAACAGAGAGGUAAUCAAACAGCUCCAUCUCAACAACAACAACAGGUGCAAAACUCUACAAAUAACAGCGCACAGGCUGCAUUGAAUGUCAACAUGAAGACUGUUCCUAUCCCAAUGGCUCUAUUGCAAAGAAUUCCAAAUUUACCACCUAAUGUCAAUACAUGGCAACAAAUUUUUGAAUUAGUGGCAUCAAGACAAUUGGAUUCAGAAUAUAUUGGUAUUAUAAGACAGGUUUAUACUAUUCAUACUCAGCUGAUCCAAAAGCAACAGCAACAACAAAAACAGUUUGGUUCAAAUCAACAAGCUCCUUCAACUACAGCUCCUACAACUGGUGCGAAUAUGGGCGUGAAUGCUCAAAUAGCUAGGCAACAAGAAGAGCUUAGAAAUAGACAACUUCAACAGCAACAACAACAGCAGCAACAGCAGCAGCAAAACCAGAUGCCUCAACAGCAACAGCAACAGCAACAACAACAGCAGCAGUUACAACAUAACAAUGCAAAUCCUCAACAACAACCUCAACAACAAUCAGCUAUACCCCAGUUAACUCCUGAUUUGCUGCAGAGACUGACUGAAAAUGCAUUACAACUGUUGACUAAACUGCAACAAGAGAAGCAAAUUCCUGACAAUCUGACCAAUGAACAAAGAAACAUGUUCAUCAAGAGAUAUAUUAGUCGUCAACAACAAUUGAGAAUGGAAGCCUACACAAAGCAACAACAACAGCAACAAGGUGCUAAUAACGGAGGUGCUCAAAACUUGAACCAACAGGUUGUUAAUCCAACAGGCGCCACUCAAAGUCGUCCUGUCAAUCAAGCUCAGCUUCAAGCUAGAUUACAGAAUGCCAACAAUCUGGCUCAACAGAAUCAGCAACAAGCCUCACAGAACCAGCCUAAUCAACAACAACAGAGAUGGAAUGAACAAGGUAAUAACAACAAUAAUAAUAGUAACAGCAAUAAUAAUACCACCAAUAACAAUGUUCAGAUGAAGUUGAACAAUUUACCUACUGGUUUGACAGCUGAACAACAACAACAGUUGAAUGCUAGAAGACAGCAAGCUUUAUACCAACAACAGUUACAGCAACAGCAACAGCAACAAGCUGCGAGAGGUGCCAACUUGAAUACCAAUGUUAAUCAAACAGUCCCUGGUGCUGCUAAUAGUAACGCUGUUGGAGGUGCCGGUGCCGGUGCUGUUCAAAAUCCAAUAUUGAAGAAUAAUGUUUUGGUUCCAACAGAACAGGAUAGAGUUGAAUUGAGAAUGAUUCUGAAUGAGGUUUCUAAAGUUCCUAUAAAGUUGACAAACUUGACUGCUCAAUUAACUCCAGAACAAAAAUCUGUUGUUAGUUCAAAAGUUCAUAGUUUAUUACUACCUUUAUUCAAUUUAAUUGAACAAUUGGUUCCAACAUUCUAUACUUUAACUAAAAAUGUUGAUGGUACUAAGAAAUUGUUACAUAUGAGAUUUAUGGUUAAAGAAGUUUUGGAUGGGUUAAGAAGAAAUGAAUACUAUGCAAGUCCAGAGUUGUUGGAAAAAGUUAAAGCUCAAUCUCAAAAGUAUGUGUCUUUUGUUAAGGAACAAAUUAGUCGUAAAAAUGCAGCAGCUGCUCAAGCUGGUGGUGCAAAUGCCAAUGUUAAUACAGGUAAUGCUAAUAAUGCUGCAAUUAACAACAAUAAUAACAAUUUCAACAUCAAUCCUCAAAUUACACCACAACAACUGCUGCAAAGAAAACAACAGCAACAGCAACAAGCAUCUCAGUUGAAUCCACAAAUCACUCCACAACAAUUGUUGCAACAACAACAAAUUGGGACACAGCCAUCUCAGUUCAUUAAUAACAACAAUAACAACAACAACAACAACGCCGAGUUUAAUCCUCUCGAACUUACAAAUAUUCCUGGAUCCUCCUCCAACAACAAUAACAACAAUAAUGGGAACUUUCAAAAUGUUGAUAUGUCUAUGAUAAAUGGUGGUAGAUUAAAUACACCAGAUCUUUCUCAAAUGAAUGUUACUCCAAAAUUGAACCAAAUGAAUAUCAGUGGUGUUGCUCCAUCUCCGGCAAUGGGUAAUGCUAAUUUUGGUACAACUCCAAAUUUCUCAGGUUCACCUCAGAUGAUGAAUGCUGGUGUUUUCAACAAUAAUAAUAAUCAACAACAACCACAACCACAACCACAACCUUUGGUACAGGGAACUUUCACACAACAACCUCCAGCACCUCAACCAAUUCAACCACAACAAUCCUCUACACCUGCCGCCUCCACUCCAACCACCAAAAAAGCACCUGCAAAGAGAAAAUCAACCAAGGGAAGAAAAACAUCAAAUGCUUCAACUCCAACACUUGCACCAAAAUCUGUCCCAGCUCCAACUGCUGCUAAUGGUCCAACACCUGGCGCUACUGGAGUUAGUGCUCCAACUGGCCAAGCUACCAUCAACAAUAACAGUACCCCUACAACUACACUUGCCAAUGUUGGUGGUGCUGCUCCUGGUACUAUUGCACCAACUGCAUUACAAGCUCAAAUGUUGAAGAAGGAACAAGAGAUGAUCAGCAAGGAGGAUCAGAACAAGAAGCAAUUUGAAGAGAAUAAAGCCAAAAGAAUGGAAUCAUAUCAUACAAAACCAAUUGAUUUCUUUGCAGCUUCUUUAGCCAAUUUGUUGGAAUUGAAAGAUGAAGAAUCAAAGAUCCUGAAUGAUUCUAAAAAGAAAACUAAUGGUGAUUUCAAGUCUUCUCCUGCUCAAAAAGGAUUGACUCCUUCUACUAUUUUACAAACUCCUUUGACUUUUUCAAAUGCUGCUAAAACUCCAAACUCUACUACAAAGGGAGGUAUUCCUAAUGGUGUUUCAAAUGCAAGUACCUAUUUGUCACCUAACUUGUCACCUUCUUCUACUUUGAAAAAUGUGAAUGGUGAUGUAUCUACAAAAUGGGGGCCAAGAGUUUCAAGAGAGGCAAUCCAGAAAACUUUUGGUAAUGUUGAAGAGAUUAAAAAAUUGUUGUUUGUUGAUGAACAGGAAAAUUCAAAUGGUGAAGAAAGUGGUCCUAUGAUUCCAACUCCACCGCCUGAUAAUGAAAAGCAGUCAAAAGAACAAAAGGAUUCAGUUGAUGAUGAUAGAAAAUUCAAAAAGAUUAAAAUUGAUGAUGACAACAGAUUUUAUGAUGAGAAUGAUAAUCAAUUGAAUAGUGACUUGAUGUGGGAUUUUGAUUAUGUUUCAAGUCAUAUUGAUGAUGAUGAUAGUACUCAACCAGAUUUUUAUAUUAACAUAUGA